GCGAUCGCUGACCUGAGCGCAUGACUGUGACAUCACUCCAGUUGUUUGGAGAAGCCGGAAGUGAAUACAGGAAAAUUACACCAAACAGCGGGGGACAGUUAAUGGUCCACACGAAGAGCUUGGCAGAGACUGGACUAAAAACUACUGCCGUCUAAUCGUCACACUUCCUCAAGAAGCUCCAGCCAGCAGCAGAACCGGAUUGUUAUGUCCAACAUGGAAAAGAAUUUGUUCAACCUCAAGUUUGCAGCCAAAGAACUUCAGCGGAGUUCCAAGAAAUGCGACAAAGAAGAGAAAGCGGAGAAGGCCAAGGUCAAGAAGGCAGUCCAGAAGGGCAAUAUGGAGGUUGCCCGGAUACAUGCGGAAAACGCCAUUCGCCAGAAGAACCAAUCCGUGAACUUCCUCAGAAUGAGCGCAAGAGUGGAUGCGGUGGCUGCGCGAGUACAGACAGCAGUCACCAUGAACAAGGUCACCAAAUCUAUGGCUGGGGUGGUGAAGGGCAUGGAUGCAACCCUGAAGAGCAUGAACCUUGAGAAGAUUUCAGCUCUAAUGGAUAAGUUUGAGCGUCAGUUUGAAACUCUGGAUGUACAGACGGCUCAGAUGGAGGACACAAUGAGCAGCACCACAACACUCACUACACCACAGGGUCAAGUCGAUGCUCUGAUGAUGGAAAUGGCGGAUGAGGCCGGGCUGGACCUCAAUAUGGAGCUUCCUCAAGGUCAGACAGGAUCAGUGGGAACCAGCGUAGCAUCUGCAGAACAGGACGAUCUCUCUCAGAGACUGGCCAAACUCAGAGACCAGGUUUAAAGAGAACCGGGUGUGUGUGAAAGAGAGAGAUUGUGUAUAUGCGAUUUUGUAAGAAACCUAUCCCCCCUGGAAAUAUUGUCCUCAUUGUUUAUUUGUGUUUAGUUUUCUUUUUAUGCAGUUGAGGAUGGGUGUGCAGCUUUCAUUGUCCACAAUAACAUGCAGGAAACUCA